AUUCGACGUUGAAAGACGUCAUUAUUUUCAUCAAUACGUUCCGAAAGAAUGCAGGCUGAACGAUUCACAGUUAAAUAUAUCACCGUCCAAAAUUGCUUCGUUUAUUUACCAGCUACUUGGCAACGACAGCUUGCGACAAAGCCUAAUGCCAUCAGGAUCACGCAUCAUGAUCGCGACUUUUAUUUCUCUUGGCACUCUCAGCCGAGUCCAGAUCAAUUCUUAAGGCUCAGUGCAACCUUUGCAAGAGCCUUGGGCAUUCAAGAAGGAGAUAAUGUUCUUGCAUCGUCUGAAGCUCAUCCAUCUGCUGUAUCUAACGUCACUGUCAUGCCAAAAAGCUCCGAAGACUGGGAAAUUGUGGAAUUGCAGAGCAACAAAAUACAAGAGUCAUUACUAAACCAGAUCAACAUUGUCGCGGUGGACCAGCAAAUUGUUGUUUGGAUAUCAAAGUUCCUGUCUGUUGAAUUACAUGUUGAGUCUCUGGAACCUAGGUACAGGUAUGGAAAGCUUCAACCGUUCACAGAGAUAACAGUAUCAUUUCCGAAAAAGGAAGUAAAAGAGGAUAAAAAAGAAAAUUCAUCUGAUAGUCUUUGGGAUACGUUUAAAAAUGUGGUGCCGAAUUUGUUUUCUGACACAGAUAAGAAAAAAGAGGCAAAUAUUGAAGAAUCUGUUGAGAAUAUAGUGGGGAAAUAUUCAAAGAAGAAUAUCAUUCAGACUUUCCGGGUCCUACCUGUAAAAAGGAUAGAAGACACAGAGGCCAUGAGCACUGUAGAUUCCUUAUUGAGACAGCCGUACAAUAUUUUUAUUAAUCAACGUUUUUUACCAAAGAAUUUCCAUUCUGGAGAGAUUUAUUGCCGAGUUAAGAAAGUGAGGCAGAAUACGCAAUUCGUUAAAGUAACUAACACGAAUUAUUUGCGAACUAACAGUACUGCAGGACUUAAUUUAAUAACAGAAGUAGUCGCCAAAAUAUUUGUACUGGAAGAGGUUUUGAAAAAGUGUUCAUACUGUAUUGACAGAGAAUAUUUUGCCAAUCAUUUGCUUUAUAAAAGCGUCUACGUGUCGGAAAAUCUCAGGCAUAAUCUCAAGUUAAAAGUGGGUGCUAAAGUCACAUUAGAAUUGAUUGAAUACUCAGUGCAGCCUGUUACGGCUAUAGAAUUAUUUCCACAAAACAAUCCAGUUUCUUUGAAAGAUUUUGAAAAUUUCCUCGAAGAACAAUCGAUAUAUGAUAAAGUGCUUAUUAAUUCAUUAUCCGUGCUGAGUUUGAGGAAUGAUAAGUCUUGCAUUGUUCAAUUCUGCCCACUCCCAACUUCCUACGCUUUGAUAGAUUUGUAUGAUUUGAAAACUACUCCUGUACAUGUAAAGGAUGUCGUAUUUAGUGUGGAAAACGAGAUGGAAAGCUUACAGGAUUCAGAGAGUGUAUGCUUGCAAACUAUCUCAAUGCGAGGCUUGAGAUCUCUUUUAACAGAAUGUAAAUCUAUUUUGGGACUGAGUCUGGGCUUAGACCGAGCUUUAGAUUUCGGAUAUGACAGAGAAAAUAUUCUAAUAUGCGGAAAAGUUGGUAGUGGAAAGACAACUGUAGGCCAGAUUUUGAAAAAGGCUUUUAGAGAAGUUCCAAAUUUUGUUUAUGUGCACGUGAUUGAUUGCAAAUCAUUAAAAGGUAAAAAAGUGGAAACAUUACACAAAAUCUUCCUGCCAGCUAUUCUGGAGUGCGUUUACUACCAACCAGCCAUUUUAUUUAUCGAUGAUUUGGACAGUAUAGCAGGAAAAAUUCUGGCUGAUGAAGAAAAUACUCCGGAUGCAAUCAACACUGUCAGAACUGCUGACAUGCUGUUGAACCUUAUAACUGAGUAUCAAGCAGUAAAUUACGUUGCUGUUGUAGCUACCUGUAUAAGUAUUGACAAAAUAAAUAGGAAGUUGGCUGCUCCACGGGGUAUUCACCUCUUCAGAACUAUCCUAUCAGUGCCUGAAUUUGAAAAGGAGGAUCGAAUGGACAUUCUCCAGCUAGCUAUGAAGUCAAAGUUGCAAAUAUCAAACGACGUCGAUUGGAAUCAUUAUGGCAAUAAAACUGAGGGAUGGACAGCACAAGACUUGACCAAAUUCGUAGAAAAGGCUGUCUUUAGUGCUUGGAGGCGACACGUCAAUAGUGGCUUGACAACUCCUUUGAUAGCCUGCGACGAAGAUCUGUCCCGAAGCUUGGACAAAUCUGUACCAAUGUCUUUGCAAGGCAUUGAUCUAUAUUCUGGGCCUGGUUACGCAUGGUCAGACAUAGGUGGAUUAGCAGAGGUGAAGCAAUCGUUAAUAGAGCUUCUUCACUGGCCCUUGAAGUACCCAGAACUUUUCAAAAAUGCGCCAAUAAGACAGCAAGGUGGGGUAUUGCUCUACGGAGCACCAGGAACUGGUAAAACCAUGCUGGCAGGUGCAAUUGCCAAAGAAUGUGGAUUGAAUUUCAUUAGCGUCAAGGGUCCAGAGCUGCUCUCGAAAUAUAUUGGAGCUAGCGAAGAGGCUGUGCGAAAUGUAUUUGAAAAAGCAAACAGCGCCAAACCUUGUGUAUUAUUCUUUGACGAAUUCGACAGCCUUGCGCCAAGACGGGGCCAUGACAGCACGGGGGUCACUGAUCGUGUCGUGAAUCAGUUUUUGGCUCAAUUAGACGGUGUUGAAGGUAGGCAAGGAGUUGCCGUGGUCGCCGCCACCUCACGACCCGAUUUACUAGAUCCAGCGCUUCUGCGUCCAGGGCGUUUAGACAAAUCUUUGCUUUGCCCGUUACCAGAUAAGACAGAGAGAAAAGAAAUACUAACAGCUCUGUGCGAAUCGCAAAAACUUGAUUUGAAUUCCUUGGACUUGGAUACCCUGGCAGCUGAAACAAUGGGCUUUACAGGAGCUGAUUUGAAUUCUAUAUUUUCUCAAGCAAGAAUUACCGUUUUAGAGGAGGAUUUGGCUGCUGUAAAAUCGCACGGAAGGGAGAUUUCCGGUUCAUUGGGUACUGUCGGUGUGACUCAGAGACAUUUGAACGAUGCAUUGGCAUCAACGAGACCGUCAUUGAAUGGGAGCGAGAGGGCUAAGUAUAACAGAAUCUAUGCAAAAUUCUCCAGGGCCGAAGACUUUUCCGAGGAUAUUUUGAAGAACAGUCAAAGAGCUACGCUAGCUUGAUGAAAAUGAACUGUACACAUUCAAAUUCAUUGGAUAAUUACUUAUUAUAAUGACUCAAUAAAUAUUUUGUGCAUAAC